GAAAUCGGGGUCGCGCAGUUUCGGGUUUCCGCUUCCGGACACAUGAGAGCUGACACGAAGUCUUAGUGAUUACAAGUGAAAUAGUCAUUGUUUUGAACGUUUAAUGGAAGAGUCGAGAUGUGGUCCUUCUUCAGUAGGGACCCUACGAAAGACUUUAAUUAUGACAUAGGUGAAAAGGUGCCAGGUUUGGAAGAAAAGUCGAUAUGGACCCUGUACAGUGGGAAGAAGAGGGGAACUGGAGAUCCUGUGUCAGUAUUUGCAUUUGAUGUCAAAAGUGCAAGUGAAUCUCAGGUUCAAAUUGCAAAGGGAGCAUUCAAGAGGAUAAAGACGUUGAGGCAUCCCAAUUUCUUGACUUUCCUUGAUGGAAUUGAGACAGAAAAGGUGAUAUACUUUGCCACCGAGGCAGUGACCCCCCUUGAGACACACUUGAACAACAAUGAUGGGGAUGCCAAAAAUGAGCUAGCCAUAUCAUGGGGCCUGCACCAGAUCGUGAAAGGACUGUCCUUCCUGGUGAAUGACUGCAACUUGAUCCACAACAAUGUGUGUAUGGCAUCGGUGUUCGUGGACCAGGCUGGGGAGUGGAAGCUGGGCGGAGUGGAGUACAUGUACCCUGCUGAGGGGGCAGAGUCUAUUCCCCCUGUCAAAAUACUCCCCAUCCUGGAGAAGUACGACCCUCCUGAGAAGGCAGAGAUGAGGAGGGGAAUCAGGGGAGAUAAGUGGUCGUCGGAUAUGUGGGGACUGGGGUGUCUGAUAUGGGAAGUCUUCAAUGGAACACUACCAAGGACAACAGCACUCAAGUCACUUGGAAAGAUUCCAAAGAGCCUGGUGCCCAACUACUGUGAACUUGUGGGGGCCAACCCCAAGUCAAGGCCUAAUCCGGCCAAGUUCAUGGGAGCAUGUCAGCGUAGAGACGGCUUCAUGAACAACUCUUUUGUCAAGUCCAUGUUGUUCUUAGAAGAAUUUCAGAUAAAAGACCAGAAUGAAAAGACGAAGUUCUUCUCCAACCUCACUCCAUCACUUGAUUCAUUUCCACCCCAGUUCUGUCGACACAAGAUUUUACCCCAGCUCGUGAAUGCGUUCGAGUACGGCAAUGCCGGGUCCUCAGUAUUAGCACCUCUGUUUAAGCUUGGAAAACUACUUGAUGCUGAUGAAUACCAAAAGAAAAUAGUUCCCUGUGUCGUCAAACUCUUCUCCUCACCAGAUAGAGCUACAAGAGUCAAACUGCUGCAACAGGUGGAGUUUUUUGUGGAACACCUACAGUCUAACACAGUGAAUGACCAGAUCUUCCCCAACCUCAUCAGUGGCUUCUCAGACACAAACCCAGUCGUCAGGGAGUGUACAAUCAAGGCGAUGCUUCAUUUAGCAUCAAAACUCAACUAUAAGAAUUUGAAUGAAGAACUUAUGAAACAUUUUGCUCGCCUGCAGUCAAAGGAUGAUCAGGGGGGCAUCAGAACAAACACAACCGUCUGUCUUGGAAAGAUAGGUCAUUUUCUCAACCCCAGCAUAAGACAAAAGAUUCUGUGUUCGGCCUUCCUGAGGGCAACUAAGGACCCCUUCCCUCCGGCUCGUCAAGCGGGCGUGCUGGGCCUGGCAGCCACACAGAACUUUUACAGCCUGAAGGAAAUCUCAAGUCGGCUUCUGCCAUCAAUGUGUUGCAUGACCAUGGACCCUGAGAAGAUUGUCCGAGACCAGGUAUUCAAGGCCAUCAAGGGUUUCAUAGAGAAACUGGAGAAGGUGUCCGAAGAUCCUGAGCUGGAGGAGGAGAUGGAGAGAGAGGUGAUGACAGGAGGAUCUGAAGCAUCGUCAUCAGCUGGUUGGGCCGGCUGGGCUGUGACUGGGAUGACGUCUAUCACGUCCAAGAUCUACAACAAGGCCACAGCCAAGAAGAAAACUCCUUCCAUGUCUGGUGGGUCGGGAAUAUCUCUGGUCAAGUCCCCCACCUCACCAGACAAGGCAACACCAUCGUCCCAGCAGCCAGCUGCUGCUGAAGAGGAAGAGGAAGAGGAGGAAGAAGAAGGAGAAGAGCAGGAGCAACAGACGGAUGAAGGAUGGGACACGGAAGACUGGGGGAACAUGGACCAGUUUGGAGGGAGUCAGUCGACAGCGUCACCAAGUGGCCAGCCGAGCCAGGCAGCUGUAUCAGCAGCAACUGAUGGCUGGGACAAUGAUGAAGAUGAUGACUGGGGCAGUCUGGAAGAUACUGGCAGGAGUACAACUAGUGCAAUGGGGGGCAGUUCAGGACUGGGUAGAUCCAGCGCUGCCAAGUCUGGAGGAUCUGACUGGGGAAAUGACUUGGGCCAGGAGGACUUCACCUCCACUGCUGAUACCGGGAUGAUGUCCACCAGCGACUACAACUGGGGUGGCAGUUCUACAAACGAUGACUUCUUUUCUACAAGCAUGGGGGCAAGCAAGGCAAAUAAACCAUCACAGAGUUCUGCCAGGAGGAAAACGCCACCAAAAGAGACUCCGAAGUCCCGAACUCCAGCCCCUGCUCCCAGAGCAGCAUCAGCGAAAGUCACAUCACCCUCCAGUAAAUCAGAGGAUGCUGCCUGGGCUGAUACUGGAGGGGGCUGGGAUGAUGGUGGUGGGGAGUGGGCCCAGGAUGCCUGGGGGUCAGGAGGGGGCAUGUCUGAAGCUGAGCGCAAGAAACAAGAAAGGGAAGAGAAGAAACUCCAACGUCAACGAGAGCUCAACGAGAAAAGAGAGGCUAGAAAAGGGGCAAUGAAACUUGGUGCCAAAAGAAUUGGCUAGCUCUUGUCAUAAACUCGGCGAACUGAACCCAGGAAAUUAUUUUGAAGUCCAUUACCGUGGUGACAGGAUUCAAAUUGUUCCGACUGUUGGACUUGUUUGUAGGACUGCUGUACGGUGGAUGAGCUAUGGGUGUAGAAUAUUACAUCAUUGCCGUACAUUCGAAGAUCCAAGUGUUGGUAUUUGUAUAAGUGCUGGACAUUGGAAGAUCUGAUUUUUGGAAGAAGUGCUUAUGUUGCCCGGUCUUGACUGUACAGUUGUGUUGUAGACAAUGAUACACCACGUUGUGUGGAUUAGACAAUGAUACAGCAUGUUGUGUUGAUAUUAUCACCACUUCCUGUGGAUGCAUGUUGUGAUCCCCAUAUGUGAUUAAUAGAUGAAACCAUCAUGUAAUGUAAUGAAUAAAAUAGACAUGAUAUGGAUAUUGCAAUUGGAAUUCACAGCAGUUGUUAAGGUUUGUUAAUGGUAAAUUGUUACAUAGAUUCUGUUGACUUUCAGUGCUUGUGCCUUUCUUUCUGUAGAUGUAUUGAGAGGCCAAUGAACGGUUUUGUGCUCGUACUGAUUCAUGGAUUGUUUCAGUUACCAUGGUUACACAGUCUCUUACUUCCAUCUGUCAUGUUGGGGCAUUUGUGUUAAUUAAUAUUUCCUUAGGAUUGGUGGUCUACCUAUAAUACAUUUUGAUGGCACAACAUAUUUACUUACACUUACAUUUGUGAACUUUUGAAUUGAUAGAUUGUGAAAAAAUAGUAAUAUUUAAAUGCCUUAUUUUAAUCCAUCUUUGCGGGAGUAUGCAGACUUGAUAUAUCACUCUUGAUUCUUGCCUGUGGCAUUAUAUGGUGUUCUCUAUCUACAAGCAACUGUCCGAGAUUAUGUGAUAUUUAUACCACCCUUAUUCCUCACCAACCACCUGUUUCUUAUCUGUAUACUUGAAGUUGAGUGUUGAGACACUCAGUAUUCUGAAAUGAAAUCAGUUCAGAUCAGCUUUUGCCUGUUGCCUCAAUCAGUAAGAAACACUACUAUCAAAAUGUUGUUGAACUUGACAACUGUCCUGUACUUAAACUCUCUCAUUACUUGUCUGUAACCCUGUGGGGAGUCCAGUUAAAAUUGGUCUCCACAACAUAUACACGUAUGCUUGUCAUAAGAGGCCACUUGGGGUAUUGGGUGAUCAGACUUGGUGACAUUGUUGAUGGCAUUUAAUCAAUAUCCUGACACUGUGGAUCGAUGUUCAGCAACACUUGAUUCUUUACAGGCCGCUGUCAUAUAGCUGAAAUAUUGCUGAGUGCAGUAUUUAGCACACGCACACACGCACACACGCACACACGCACACGCAC